AAAGUGACCCGGUCCAAAACUCAACUACAAUGAAAAAGAAUUAAGAACAAAAUGGAAAGUCAGCUGAAAAGUUGCAGGAAGGUGUUCAAAUCCUUCAUCUUUAUUUGCCCAAUCCGCCAUUGUUGUAUAUUUCAUAACUCGAUGCUUUGUUGGAGAUCCAUCACUAAAGUGUUCAUGAAGACCUGGAUUCAUCACUUUGCAGGGUUGAACCACCUUCAGAUCUUCAAGAGAAAACGCAAACAAACCUCUAAAUUUCAAAUAUUGGGAAACUUCAAUGUCAAACCUACUUCAACCAAACCACUGGAGCCUUCAAGACUCAUUAUCAUCACUUUCUACAAAGUUAUUGAUUGUAUGCGUAGAAGACCGUUGAGCAUCACCUUGCAAGACUGAUCUGAAUGCUUUUGUGAUCCACUCUGUGGUUGAUAUUAUCACUCCUUCUUUUCCUUUGUCUUGAGUCGGGUUCCCUUUAUUACUAAUAACAUUAAUUUCUAUAUUAUCAGUCUUUGAUUUACUGAUGCCUUUCAGAGUGUUUUCCUCUUGGGCAAGAGCAUCAAACUUGUUCUCCACUACAGUAGUUAUCUGAGGGGCUGUAUUUGUUUUCCCCCUUCUAUCCCUUACCACAUUCCAAUUACCAGGGUCUCCCACUACUUUCCCACUUGAAAGUAUUCUGGCUCCUCUGUUUUUCAGUUUUUGAAUUUUAGCAACUUGUGGCUCGUGUUUGAGUUGUGCUAUGUCCUGUAUAUGUUGCACAUUUUGCUCUACAUUAUUCCUAAAAUUGACCACUUUACAAUU